CUUUCCUUCAGAAGAUGACUGACAGUGAUUCUCGUCGGCCCGAUAUAUAUCAUGGCCCUCUCUCUCCAAAACCUCCAUAUGCCCCUUGAGCUGCUGCGCCUGAUUUUCGAGUGGGUCGCAGAGGAGGAUUUCGCGACCGCAUUGGUCUUGGUCCGGGUCUCAAGGGCGGUCCAGCGCUGGGUCGAGCCUAGUCUCUACUCGACGGUCCAGCUCUCCCGACCACAGACGAGCGGCGCGUUCAUUCGCACGAUCGAGGGCUCCCGAACGAAGCCGCCGAUGUUCUUCGCGGCCUACGUCAAGUCGCUGUGCAUCCUGUUCGACAUGCCCUCGGAACACAUGCUCAGGAUCACCUCCGUCUGCACGGGGAUCGACAACCUCACGACGUGGUUCCUGCCGUCACAGAGCCAGAUCUCCGCGCCCCCGCUCUCCGUCGCCCGCGCGCUUGCGGCGAUCCAGCCGCGCCGAAUAUCCGUCUGGCACGGGAUCACGCACCCGCACCCGACCGACCGCUACCCAUUCGAGGGCCCCGUCUUCAGCCGCGUGACGCACCUCAACAUCACCAACAUCUGGGAGGACUGGUCCCUGUGGCACUGGGAGGCGCUGCCCCCCACGCUGACGCACAUCUCGCUCGACCUCUCGUUCCGCGCCGGCCAGCCGCAGAGCGGGCGCAUCGCCGCUUCCGUGCGGCGGCUCCUCCGCGACUGCCGGAAACUCCGGGUCUGUGCCUUGCGGGAAGUUCCGCGUGGCUUGAUGUCCACGGCAUUGCUGCUGACCGAAAGGCCCGAAGCGACGAUCCGGGGUGCGCUGGUCUCAGCGCUUGAGGUGCUCGGAUGGAUGGACCCGCGCAUCGUCUUUUUCUGCAUCCCAGAUCCGUUCCAGCUCCGGAAGGCACAUUGCGAGUGGGAGGACCUGAAAUGGCGCGUCCUGGAGCAGGCGACGAAACAGCGCCUCGUGGGAGAUACGAGUGCGCUUGCAGCGCGCGAUCUUGUGUUUAUCACCUGAAGAUGCUUGUGGUGGAUACCAGCCGCUCCUAAUAUUGAUAUUGCUGCUGCCUUGGAGAGCGACACAUGCUUAAUAUACUACAGAUAAUAAUAUACAACCCUACUGCGUUUGCAUGCCCAACAAUUUCGUAUUGACUGGCAGAGACGGAUCCAACUGUUGAGAGUAUGCAUCAAUCAGUGGUAAACAUGCAUUUACCAGGCGCGAUCAAAUCGUGGUGCGCGCAUGAUCAACUUUCCGGAAAAUGGACGCAGCCGUGGGCUGGAAGAGAGGGGGGAUCUGCAGAUCCAGAAUCUCACCAAGUAUCACACCGAAUAUCUCCGGAUUACGAGCCCAACAUGGCAGCCACGGUCCAGAUCGAAUAAAGGGGAUGAUGAGGAAUGGACUCGUGCGGCCUUGAGAAAGCGGCCAUCUCUUGAACGCUGAUAACGAGGCCGAGAUAAACCGAUCCAAGUUAAUUGCAUGUUAGGAUUCCCGCACUGGGAACCGGGACCCUAGAAAACAAGAUGUUCUCAAAAAAAAAUCUUCGCGACACGCUCGAAGAUCUUACGGACGUAAUAUGCAAUCAGCAGGCGUACCCUGGUUCCCCUCGAUGCCCAACCAAACCCCAGCCCUCACGGCAGAUCUGACUUACGCCGAGUUCGGGAUCAUUAAUAUUGAAGCUAGGCACCUUUUCAGGACUUGCUGCGAGUGUUAAACCUCGGCCCCACCUCGUAUCUCGAGCGACCGGUACCGUAUGUAUCCCCCAUCACGAUCAGACCAGGCGGAGAGUUGGUGGCGUGCUCCGCGACCUGAUUAUUCUCGAAGCACGGAUCGCAGUCAGUCCGCUGUUCAGCGACGUGCAACAAGGGACUGGUUCUGGAUUUUCCCAUCGAUAUUCUGGAAACUGUGCGAUCAGAACGUGGGGGAGAUCAUCUACGAGUAAAUAUUGGGUCCGUUGCAGUUUCUGUCUCAACUCGAAAAGCGAAUCCCAUUUCGUCCCGCCCGGGAACCCGGAUUGAGGAACCUUGCGCUCGGAGAUGAAAGUUGCCCAGGCUUCACGUGGUACGGAUCAAGGUCGCAGCGGAGAGAGAUAGACGGAAAUAAGCCUAAUUUCAUAUCCACGGGUCUCAAUCGAGUCUCGACAGGAAAAUACUUCCAUGGGAUACAGGUCCGGCCCGGUGAGCCGGGAGCCGUUUACAUAAGGCACCUGCCCGAUGGAUAGGUGGAUGGCCCAUGAAAUGCAGGGACGGAUCGCACAGCGAGCGCCGGACAGUGGAUCGUCGACCGGUCUAUUCUGCCUGCAGCUUUUUACAGACUAUGCUCGGGUGUUUCGCAUGCUACACAUGGUAAGCUCGAGAGUGCUGCGUGUAGCUCCAUGACAUCUCUCUCACUGAGGACCGUGAUACAGAAUAAAGAAAGCGACAUUAAGCAAAAUAUCGGCGCCCGCAUCACAGAGAUACAUGUCCGCCGUCGUAAAGUAAACAAUCCCAUGAAUCCAAGUUCUCGCAGCCCGCAAACGGCUGCUGCUCUCUAUCCCCACGCAUAUCUACCGCUUCCGCUUGCUGCCCAUGCCCAUCGCAACCUGCACAACCCCGCCCUCUCCGAACCCAGAGGCCGAGCCUUCGCCGGUCGAGUCCCCGUCAUGAUCGACGUCCAUCGCCGACGCCGAACGUCCUGCCCGGGACGCCUCCUCGUCCGCCACCACGUGCAUCGAGAGCCGUCUGAUCACGCCCAAUACAAGAGUCAGUGACUGACGAGGGCGGGUGGGGGGCCGGCGUGUGACGCGUCCAACCGUCAGACGACUGCCACGGCCACACGCCCGGAACUCGGAGCAUGGGGGGCGGCUCACCUCCCUGCUGAAGGACCCUCCUCCUCGACUUCGGUCUCCGCGCCCGCACCCGCUCCCGCCAUCAUCCGCGAGCGCCCAGUGAACAUCUCCUCGACUUCGUCCCCCUCCUCGGCUUCUUCGAGGUCGUCAGCCAGCACACCUUCCGCAUCACCGACAAGCUCCCCCAUCUCGCCAAUCUGUCCGAGAGUGGUGUGCACGAUGCCCGGGUGCAGCGUCGCUUGGGCCGCAAGCGAAGUAAGCGGGUUUGAGGUCUCGGUAACAGUGUCCUUUGCAGCUUCAGCCGGGAAAGACCCGGGGUCUUCGAAUUCCUCAUCCUCUUCCUCGUUAUCGAUCUCCACUUCCUCGUUGAGGUCAGCGAAAGUACGGCACAGCGGGCAACUAUUCGGGAUGAGGGAAACGUCCGAUGCUACAUCAAACGACUCACUUGAAAGCGGGAUGGUGCGAGUCCAGCAUCGGGCGCAUACAUUUGUAAUGAAACGCGUGCGAGCACGGCGCCAGGAAAACAGCCUGAUGAAGCCGCACAGGGAAGAGACCUGUACAUCAAGCUUCAGUCAGAUAAGGCACCCGUGUGCGCCACCAGGAACGACGUACAGAUGCAGCAGUCGGGUAUCC